GAAAGCCUACACACACACAUAUCUGAAUCUGAUAAUCCAGUUGUGGUUGGCAUAUUUGGUAACCAAUAAUCAGAGGAAAAUGGGAGUGCUUUCCAACAAGAUUGAUCGUCAACAAUUGAAACCUGGCGAUCACAUCUACUCUUGGAGACAGGCUUACAUCUAUGCCCAUCACGGAAUAUAUGUAGGUGAGGGAAUGGUGAUCCACUUCACCAGGGGAGUAGGAGAAGAGAUCGGAAGAGGAACAGUCUUUGACCGUCUUCUUAUAAGCUCACCACCCCUUCAUGCUUCUUCUGACACUCCAUGCCCAAGAUGUGGUGACCGAACAAGGAGUAAUGGUGUCAUAUGUUCUUGCUUGGAUUGUUUUCUUUCUGGUGGUUAUCUAUACUUAUUUGAGUAUGGUGUGUCACCUGCAUUUUUCCUAGCCAAAGCUAGAGGAGGCACUUGCACCACUGCACCUUCUGAUCCAACUGAGCAUGUCCUUCACCGUGCUUUGUUUCUUCUUGAGAAUGGAUUUGGUGGCUACCAUGCCUUCAAGAAUAACUGUGAAGACUUUGCUAUUUACUGCAAAACAGGUUUACUCGUCACAAACAUCAGUGUGGGGCGGAGUGGACAAGCAACAUCUUGCAUGGCUGCCGCAAGUGCUGUAGUUUCUUCACCACUUAGAUUUAUGACAGCUAGCUUUGGGGGUCUUGCAUUGGUUGGAUGUGGCAUGUAUUGUGUUAGCCGAUAUGUUUCUGAUAUUGGAGUACGCAGUGAUGUAGCUAAAGUUCCAGUAGAGAAGAUAUCAGAGAUGGCCAAGGAAGACUGACUAGAGUUUUACAAAAGUCAGUCAUUUAUGAUGUUAAGUUUGACUUAUGUUCUAAAAAUGCCUUUGUUAAAAUAUUUACAAAGUUUCAUGGUAUAACAUCUUUGAAAAAGAUUGUUAUUUGUUUGUGCUUGUUCAGCAGAUGUAAGCUUAACUGCUCUUGCCGGAUUAUUAAUUUUAUACGAUGUUCGGAAGAACUUUAUAAAACAUGUUUGAAAAUGGCUUGCAUGACUCAUUAACACUUUCUCUUAUUACAACAAACUGUUUGAUAUAACUUUGAUAUCAUUUUUUUUAUUUCAAUAAUUUUUGUAUUCAUAUUUGUGACAUAAAUUCAUAAUCACUUAAAUAAUUUUGUUUGCUUUUGAUCUCAUCUUUGUUCACUGUAAUGGAGAGUCCUAGUUGUGUUGUAAAGAAUACGGACUAGUUUGCAUUUUACCAUCUCACAAAUAGAUAGUAGUAUUAGUUUGCCUUUCGUAGAAGGAACCAUCCAAGAAAAAAAUAGAAAAGUAAUACCUUAACACAAUUUGCUAUUAAGAUGAAAAAACAUCUUUCUCUUACAUUCGUCACAUUUUAGUUUCAAAGGACAGAGAAUGUCAUACUGCUUAAUCAGCUUAGAUAAACUUUAACAAUGAAAAUCUCUUAAAACAAAGAAUGUUAAUAGCUUCAUCAACUUAGAUAAACAACCAAGUAGUAAUGAAAAUUG